AUGCCGCAGAAGGUUUAUGUCACGUACAACCAGGUUCACAAACUAUGCCAGGCCUCCGCUGACAAGAUCCUGGACACCUUCCAGCCCAAUCUUAUGAUUGCUAUCGGCGGUGGUGGCUACAUCCCUGCCCGCAUUCUCCGUUCUUUCUUGAAGCGCACUGGAGAGCCUAACAUCCCCAUCCAGGCCAUCGGUUUGUCGCUCUACGAGGACCUGGGUCGUGGUGACGCCGAAGAAGUUCCCGGAACCAAGGUCACCCGUACACAAUGGCUGGACCUGAGCUCCCUGGAAAUGGCCAACCUCAUUGGCAAGAACAUCCUCAUUGUUGACGAAGUUGACGAUACCCGUACCACCCUCGAAUAUGCCGUCAGCGAGCUCCAGAAGGACGUCGAGAUUGCGCAGAAGCAGCUCGGCCGUGAAGGCGAGAAGACCAACUUCUUCGUCUACGUUGUUCACAACAAGGACAAGCCGAAGAAGGGUGUCUUGCCCGAGGAUAUGAUGACUUCUGGCCGUUACCACGCAUCCGUCACGACCGCUGAUGUCUGGAUCUGCUAUCCUUGGGAAGCUAAGGACAUUGACGAGCAUGACAGACUGGCUCAGGAGAACCCUCUCGUCUGAGAUUCUUCUACUCAGCGCGAUUUUGCUCUCGCUUAGCCACUAUUUUACCUCGUCUUUUCAUGCCUAGAAAUCCUGGUUAAGCCAUCCACGCAUAGAUACCGGCUCUCGUUGGUUGCAUAUAUGCUGCGUUCCCCCGUUAGAUAUUGGAAGAAGAGUUUUGCAUGUUUCAGGUUUGCUACGGAAAGGUGUUUUGAUGGGUUUAUUUGAUAGAACAAAAGCAAUUUUGGUACCAUGAAUGAUGAAGAUCUUAGCUUAUAUUUUGCCCUUGAAUAACGCCUGCGU